AUGGAUGCUCCCAAGUUCACUCUAGCUCAGGCACAGAAGCAAGCUGGCAGAUGUGCCUGGGCUCAUCGCCAAUUCAUCGGAAAGACGCCGCCUAUAAGCAAAGAGAAUGCGAGCCGGGUUGUCGGCAAGACUGCCAUUGUCACUGGCUCCAAUUCCGGACUCGGCCUCGAGACCUCCCGUCAGCUCCUCGAUCUGGGUGUUGCCAGGCUGAUACUGGCCGUGCGCACUGUAUCCAAGGGAGAGAAAGCUCGCGAGGGCCUUCUGUCUGGGCGGGAUGCUUCACGUGUCCAGGUUGAUGUCUGGCAGCUAGACCUGCUCUCAUACGAUUCCAUCAUCAAGUUCGCCGAGAAAGCGAAGACCCUGGACGAGCUCGACUUCGCCAUCCUGAACGCCGGUCAUUACCGAGAGUUGGAGCACUUCUGUGAAGCCACCGGCUACGAGGAGUCUGUUCAGGUCAACUACAUAUCGACGAUGCUGUUGACAAUCCUACUCUUGCCCAUCCUCAAGACAAAGUCGUCGCAGGGUGGGCCGGGCCGUCUCGUCGUCGUCAACUCAGACACCGCAUCAUGGGCCAAGUUCCCCGAGAGGGGGGAGCGACCUCUUCUUCCCAUAUACAAACGGAAGACGGAAAACUGGAACCACCCGGAUCGUUACGCCCUGAGCAAGCUGUUGGGCCAGCUAUUCUUGCACAAGCUGGUACAGAAGAUCCCAUCUUCCGAUGUCAUCAUCAACGUGAUCAACCCGGGACUGUGCUACGGAACGGAGAUCGUCAAGGACGGAGACGGCCGCCUCCUAGGUGACCUCUACAAGCUAGGGUUCAGGAUCCUUGGAAAGCCAGCAGCCGUGGGAUCGCGCGCCAUUAUCCAUUCUGCCAUCUCUUUUGGUGAAGAAUCUCACGGGCAAUACACGGAAGACGGAGAGAUAAGGCCAUUGGCUCCAAUCCUCUAUACUCCCGAAGGAGAAGACGUAGCCAACGCGCUAUGGGACGAGACUCUGGCCGAGUUGCCUUCUUCUCCUGUGCAGGAGGCACUAAAGGAAUUCUCCAACUGA